UACACACUAACAGGGCCGCCAUUGUGUAGUAACUGUCCCCCUAGUGACUUAAUCGGAAAGCGUGUCCCUAAAUAAACUGUCGAGUAGCCUAUCUGUGUUCCUAGGUAGUAUUUACUGGGUACCCAUGGGAUUGGCGAUUCUUUGUGGUGUGAUUGUUGUGAAACCCAGUUGCUGAUUCAUCAGAAUAUGGCGGGGCCAUUCGGUUCGUGCUGAGUCAUCACAUUGCACUGCGUCACAAUAUCGAACAGAAACGAAGUCCACAGGCGCAAAAUACGCAACGAGCCGAGAACUGCCGAGUCGCAUUUUUACUACGUAGAAACAAAUCUACAAGUUUUCACACGGACUUUGAAUCUAGAAGUUGGAUAUUAUUUCAGUGAAUUAUUCUAAGGAAUACAUUUAAAACAUCUGUGAAGUCUGUUUGGAAAGAAAGUGAAGAAAAUGAGUAAAAAGAUUUUCAUGUCACUGGUCAAGUCGGAGAGUGAGCGGGCCAACAGGGUGCCGGUGGUGGUGUCCCACAAUUCCCAGUUAACGGAUGAUGAGUUGGUUGCCAUGACGGUCAAAGAGCUGAAUAGAAUAUUGAAGGGGAUGCCGCGGGAGGAGGUGGUGAAACUCAAACAGCGGAGACGAACUCUUAAAAAUCGUGGUUAUGCUGCAAAUUGUCGAGAGAAGAGGUUAUCGCAGAAGGAGGAGCUUGAGUAUGAGAAGGACCACCUCCGCGCUGAAGUGCACAGGUUGAGGCGGGAAAACGAAGGCGUCAAAACAGAGCUUGGGUCGCUCAAGGACAAAUAUGAUGCUCUUCAGAGGUUUGCCGAAGCUAACCGCAUCAAAGUGCUAACGCCACCCCUCAUGUUCAGCCCUCCUCAUCAUCAUCACAUGGACAGCAUGAUGGUCAAGUCAGAACCAUCGCAGGCGUAGCUUCCGCUGUGUCCGACUCAAUGUGUCCGUGCUGGAUUUAUUUAUUUGUAAACGUAUGUUUUUGAACGUUUGACUUUGUAUAGUGAUAAAUGGUAUGUUGUCCGUCUGUGUGUAUACUUAUAAUGAAACUGUGUCAAAUACGUGAAUCAAUGGAAAUAUUCGCUCAGUGAAGGACAGGACUGAUACACACAGUGUGUUCAAUUUAUUGGAUCGGUAAUGCCGAGGUUUAAUCCUUUGUCAAGUACCCUGUCUAGUCAAGACAGGGCAGCUAUCAACAUGUACACUAGCAUAGAGUAAUAAGAAACAAUUUAGUGUUCCAAUCAGCUGGAAAUCUGAACAAGAUAAACUUUAAAAAGUAAUUACUCACAAAAUUAUCAUGUGCUAAAUUUUCUAUUUACUUGGCAAAGGCUUACAUUUCUCAAAAUUAACGAAAAGAUGUUAGAUGCUAAAAUAUGAGGCGUACGGUGCUGUAGAGUAGACGAUUUUUAUACGACUGGUCAUAUCAUUGAAACAGAUUUUAUAUUUUGAUACCAAUAGCGUGUUCACCCUUUAACUAUGGUUGUGUAUUUUGAUUGUUUUGAUGUGGAGGGGCGUGGCCAAACGUGGUAAGCAUGGCCCCGCCCACUCGCCAAAGUUCCAAAACGUCAGGCAGUGCGGUUCCAGCUGUUUGUAUCAUGUUUCAUCUUCAUAGGAACACGUUUGUCAUCCGCAUCAUUAGGAUUGAUAUUGAUUUCGUAGGAUUUGUGAAAUGUCAAGAUAUGGGAAAUCCAGUCCAUUUGUCCACAUCGAAUGCCUAUUUUUUUGACAAAUUGUAUAUAUGAUCAUCAUUCCAUCAAGUUUACAUGUACUAUUGAUACGUAAGACUUUCACACUACAUUUACUUCCUGUCUACCCCUAUAACAUAUUGGACUUUUUAUUUAUGUAAAAUGAUCAAAGAAAGACAUACUUUAACAUGUUCGCCAAAAGUUUAAUUUUGGAAAGACGACAGUUUUGGAACUUGUCGAUAUUUGGAAUACGAUCGAUACCUUUCAUAGCUUUGGACAAACAAAUAUGUCUCUUUUUCUUAUCUUACAAUUUGCAUAUUCUUGCCAAAAAUAACCCAAAAUAUAAUUUAAAGCAUGCCGACGACAUUGGCCCUCCUAAUAAAUAAAACGCUUUUCGUUUUGUCAGUAUCUGAAACAUAAUUCUAAAGAGUGUGACAGAAAACGUGACCUGGUGUGAUUCCGUGUACAGUGUUAGAUGUUUUUAUUGCUUAAACUAGACAGGUUUUCUGUCAAUGUGGGGCAGUGUUGUGUAUGAAUUGUUGUAAGAGCUAUUUGGGCGUGUCCUCGUUGACACAAGGGUUUUAUUUUUGCCGGAUAUGAACAUUCCAGUUAAUAAAACGUGUAUGUCGACGGUAUUUGUAUAUCGUCCGGAAGUAACGUGAAAAUACUUCACACGAAAGAAAUGUUUUAAGUGAAGUUUGUUGGGGCAUGUUUCGGAAAUUUUCAAAAGAAACAGUUAUUUAAGAGGUGAUCUCUGAUUGCCCCCACCACUAUUUCCCCUGACCCUAGACACCACUAUUUCCCCUCAGCUGGUUGUUAUUUUGGACACCACUAUUUCCCCUGACCCUAGACACCACUAUUUCCCCUCAGCUGGUUGUUAUUUUGGACACCACUAUUUCCCCUGACCCUAGACACCACUAUUUCCCCUGACCCUAGACACCACUAUUUCCCCUGACCCUAGACACCACUAUUUCCCCUGACCCUAGACACCACUAUUUCCCCUCAGCUGGUUGUUAUUUUGGAUGCCAAAUUCACGUUGAUGUACGUUUUUCUGUGUUUGGUUUAUCCGUUGUCGUAAUUAUUAAUUUCAAGAUACGUAUUCCCAUUAUCAUUCCUGUUUCGUUAUAUUUGUGUGAGUCUUCAGACAAACGCCUCUGCUAGACAGUGUGCUGCAGGCUAGGAUGCCAAAACACAGUAUGAAUCAUCACAGUGCCUCGUCCUUUGUUUGGUGCCGGCAGGCAGGCGAUAGACACUAACUCCAGAUCAUUCUUCGUCAUCAUACAGUGACCAGUCGAUCCUAUAUGAGACUGAUACAAUUAUUACGUUUAUUAUUGUUUUUGAUUACAUUUUGCCGUCCAUUUUUCAUUAAGACUUAGUUAUGAUACUAACAUUAUUUAGUUACUAACAACCCCUCCCAAUGUUUUGGACAAUACUGUUGAAUUGCAAUUGCAUAAUGGUAGAUUUGAGUUGUGUGUUUUGAGACUAGCGACUGCUGUCUGCUGUCGGCCCAUUGUUUAGCGAAUGGUAUCGAUUUUGGCGGUGGAUGAUGUCAGACCCCUAUGAUAGAUGGGAGUGUAGAGAGAGGAAUGUACUACUACAUACCACACGACCAAAUAUUACACGCUUUGUUGGGUUUAUACAUACAUCUAAGACAGGUAACCUGCUAGGCGUAUACACACAACAGGUAGACCAGUAUGGCUGGGAUAUACAGCUGAAUCAGCCAUUCUUAUUUAUAACGACACAAUCGAGCUUUUGUGACGAAUCUGUCCGCUCAGCGAAAAACUUGAUUCCGACAACGAUGCGGAAAUGGUUAUAGAUCUAGAUGUGAGAUGGAGCGCGGAGUAUGGUAUAUCGUGUCUACAAGGGAGAUAAUCCACACUUGGGGCAGACAGUAGUACGGAGAUAUAGGUCUUGUUCAUUGGGUUAGGAUAGUAGCAGGUUGGCGACACACACAGGGCUUUUGCUGUUAUUUAAGUUUUUUUUUUAAAGAGACAUUACGAGCCUUUGUUGUGACCAAUUCACAUCUAGAAAUAUCCCUUUUCUUUCUCGGAGAUUGUUUUUAUUAAGAAAAAUAUCUAUUUGGAGUGUGCUUUUGUUAAAUAUUGAGAUCGCUGAUCGUGAACGAUGAGAUAGAUGAUCUUGAGUUAUAAAAUUGCUGAUUAUGAAGAUUUACACAGGUUUUGUUGGAGGGCCAUCUUGUUACAGGGUUCUGUGUGUUGGCAGACAUUCCAUUUAGAUAUUUAUGAUGUUUUUGACACGUUGAUUUUUUUUCUUAACGACUGAAUUAUACGGGAUUGUUUCCAGAAAGAAACUUUGUUAUUAUUUGAUGAUAGUGCUUGUAUUACUGUAGUAUAUUAUAUACAUAUAGAUAUAUUUACGUGUAGCCGUGUUUGUCUCUGUUAUGUUUUAUCUCGCUGUAAAUAUUUCAGAAUAUAUUAUCCCAGGACUAUUUCGACAAUGUAGCAAUGGUCUGGUGUUGAUUUUUGUUUGGGUAAAAUCUUUGAGCAAUCACUGGGCAGUUCCCUUUACCAUUUAUAUUGAUUGGUCGUGUUGUUAAUUGUGGGUUUUUUUCGUACUCCAUACAUAUGUAUAUCCUAGACCCCCCCCCCCCCCCCCCCCCCCCCCCUAACCAGCGAGUUUACUGUGACAGAUGUUUGGUAUCUUUUUUUUUUAUUAUCCGCCUUUUGAAAUCGAGCUAUUGUUGCAUUUAUUUAGAUAUUAACGUCCAUUGUGAUUGCGGACGCGUCAAAUAUUUCUAAAAAAAAAGUUACGAAUUUGUUGAAAUCCAAACCCUUUGGUGAUUGGCCCGUGGUUACUCAACGAUAAAGUUUCAACUAAGAACGUCAGGCGGGUGUAUUUUGAAGACUAUUUUAUUUGGCGGUAGCUAUUGGCCAUUUAAUCAUAUAAUAAGGCACCCAUUCACAGAUAAAAUUACCGUGCUGGUGACGAGUCCAUUUAUUUAUAGUACUGGAGAAGAAAAACAAAUUAAGUUAUAUUCUGCUGAUCACAGGUGUAUAUUUGUUUGACAUGUAACGUACGUGAAUGGAAUGUAUGGUGCAAUAGACUUGUAUGUCGAUGGGACGGAGGUUUCUUAAGGCAGCUCUUGUUAACACGUGUAGACAAGCUUGAUUAGUGCUGUGUGUGUUACAGACAGUGGUUACGUACUACAUUGUAUUUCAUUAAUACAAAAUCAUUUUUUGUUCUUUUUAUGUGAUAUUAUUUAUAUAUGUAAAUAUCCUAGACGUAGAAAAUAAUUUGUCAAAAUUGUUUGGUUUUGUUUGUAGUUUUAUGCAAACGUUUCUAUUCUGACUUGUGUCGCCUUAACUCGAACGAUCCAAAAGAAAAGAUGACCCGUCAUUGGAUAACACACGUAACGUGAUGCCUGUGAUAUUUGUUAGGUAUUUCGCUGUAAACUGGUUUUGAAAUUCGAAAUAUUUAUGGUAUUUUCCUCGUUUUAAGAGUUUUAUCAGUUCGAGUUAAGGAUGAACAAGUGUCACAUGGUCUAUUAUUUGUACGACUAAUCAAACGGGAAUCCAGUAAUAUUGCUCAGAUCACAAAUCCCAUGUAUCGGUACAUCAGUAUAUACAAACACCGAUGUUAGAAGCCAGUUUAGAUUCACUUGAUUUGGAACAGAUACACAAAACUGGACACCAAAUGGUGUAUUAUAUUGACGAAGGCAACAGAACUAGGAAUUUCUCCUAUUCAACUUUGCAGACUUAUUUUCACUGGCCUCUGAUGGAGUGUAAAUAGGCUCGUCUCGCUAUAUCAUUGUCAUUAAAGUCUGAGACUCGAGGAUCAUAGGAUGGGCGCUAAUACGUCCAACAGUAGGAGAGAAUGUAAUUUAUGUCUGUGUGCAAAAGAUUAGAGUCCUCUUACACAUUACUCAUUUGUAUCAUUUUCAUUCAAUAAAAGUUUGAAAACUAAA